CAUACACAGCACAGGACAGGAGGAGCGGGGGGAUUGUAGCAGGAGGGGCGGGGAGCAAGAAGAAGCAUCGUUUAACAACUAGAACCAUCAUGCAUCCGGUGAUCAGCGCGUUCUUUAAUGAGGAAUCUGCAGAUUUCAUCAGUUUGACGGUCAAUCGCGCUCUGUGAGAAGAGCCAAAUAAUGACCCGACUGCUCAGCUUUCAUUUUCAGGGGAAGGAUGUUAUUGUUUUCCUUUUUCAUAAAACAGAACAAGUGAAAAAUGAAUAGUCUGACCUCAUAUAAACUACGAAGGGGACUGAAGCUGGAGCUCGCUCACCUGUGAACCUGAAUGAGACCACUCUAACUGAGGAUCAUGGGGCAUCUGCUGAUGAAGGUGCUGAAGACACACAUGGAAGGAGCUGGAAACAAAUAAUGGCUGACAAAACCGGUCUGAUGAUAGCGUCUGUGUCGAAUCCUUCAGUUCCUAAUCUCACCACCACACCAUGGCAGCCGGACCCCACGGUUCCUGCAGAUGUGGGUGUUGUCACAAGCUCCCAGUCACAGAUCAAGGACCUGUUUGGCCUGUUCUGCAUGGUGACCCUUAACCUCAUUGCUUUGUUGGCCAACGCUGGCGUGAUGGUGGCCAUCGCUCGGGCGCCUCACCUGAAGAGAUUUGCGUUUGUGUGCCACCUGUGCGCGGUGGACCUGCUGUGCGCCAUCCUCCUCAUGCCUCUGGGCAUCAUAUCCAGCUCCCCUUUCUUUGGCACUGUGGUGUUCACUGUACUGGAGUGCCAGGUUUACAUCUUUCUCAACGUCUUUCUCAUCUGUCUGUCCAUUCUCACCAUCACAGCCAUCAGUGUAGAGCGUUACUUCUACAUUGUUCACCCGAUGCGAUACGAAGUCAAGAUGACCAUCAACCUUGCUGUUGGAGUCAUGGUCCUGAUCUGGGUCAAGUCCCUGGUCUUAUCUUUGGUCACGCUGUUUGGGUGGCCGGCUUACGGACAUCAGAGCUCCAUUGCCGCGGGUCACUGUUCACUACAUGCGAGCCACAGUCGUCUGAGAGGAGUGUUUGCCGUGCUCUUCAGCGUGGUUUGCUUCCUGGCUCCCGCCGUGGUUAUCUUUGCGGUUUACUGUGGCGUGUACAAGGUGGCUCGCUCUGCAGCCCUGCAGCAAGUCCCAGCUGUGCAAACAUGGGCAAACGCAAACCCUGCCAAGGACCGCUCGGACUCCAUCAACAGCCAGACCAACAUGAUCACCACCACUCGCACUCUGCCUCAGAGGCUGUCUCCAGAGAGGGCGUUCAGCGGGGGCAAAGCCGCGCUCACUUUGGUUUUCAUCGUGGGUCAGUUUUUAGUUUGUUGGUUGCCUUACUUCGUCUUCCACCUGCAAAUGUCCCUGACCGGCUCCAUGCACAGCCCCGGGGACUUGGAGGAGGCCGUCACUUGGCUGGCCUACUCGUCCUUUGCAGUUAAUCCUUUUUUCUACGGGCUUCUGAACAGACAGAUCAGGGAGGAGCUCAUUAAGUUUCGUCGCUGCUGCCUAACCCAGCCUGCCGAGAUCGGAGCGUCCAGCCACGAGGGCUCCUUUCAGGAAAACUUCCUCCAGUUCAUCCAGAGAACUACCAGCACUGCUGAAACGCGCUCCAGUGGUCCCAACUCCAGUCCCAAAAACACGUUAAACCGGGGGAUUAAGAUUCCUGGACAAGUACCUGAAGAACAGGCUUGAACACUGAAUUACAGACUAUUGUGCUAAUAUGUAAAAUCACGUGAUACCCCUGUGUUUUUUUUAAUGCUUGUGGGUUGUUUCUCCCAAAACAUUAGACUUCAUAUCUUUAAAAACACUGGCAUGUAUGUAUAAUGA